CUGCCCUCUUCAAUUCUGACACAAAAAAGAGCCCUUUAAUAUAAUUAAUGUAAAACCAGAUGUUAAAUGUAAGAUAAAUAUUCAUGGGAUUGACUUUGCAUAGAGUACACUCGGCUAAUCGCUGUCAUCGAAGGCGUGUGAAAGGCAGGUGCCGUGAAAGGCGCCUUGAUCCUUGAUCCAUGAUUCAACUCAUUUGACGCAUUUGACGUCCGUCUCGAUGCUCAUUUCUCCCAUAUGUUAAUAAUUUCCCCUGAACUCCCGUUCGCCGCCGAUGCGAGAAUUCUAUUUCUGUAAACGUGUCAGUUGUCCACGAGGUUAGGAGCAUGCAACGAUUCACAUCUGCCGCCUAGGAAGACGUAUAACGGAGAAGAGAUGGCAUCCAUUUCUACCGAGGCUGAUCACGCCGGUGGUGAUCAGAGGGAGAACAGUCUGUUAUCGUCCAUGGAAGACAAGCCCUACGGCUUGAUUGACGAAAGGGGCGACCAUAAGGAGCGAUCAGAUAAGCACUCCUUCAAGAGUGCACGAGACGUCACGAGAGAAUUGAUUGCCAAUCUGAGAAGUAAUUCUGAAUCCACGACACGCUCCUUGAUGUCGACGAUAGCGACAAGCACGGAGGACAAUUUGGACGACGACAGCAAGUCGGAAAGCAGUGAAUUCUCUGACGGCGGGAGUAUCAUGGUUGACGAAGAGAUUACUGGGUCCAAUGCAGAUUCCAAUAUCGUGAAUAAGGAAUGGAACGUCGACGAUGCGGUAAACGAAGUGCCGAGAAGGGAGUACGAUCCCACUAUUGAUAAGAGACUGCCAGAAACCGUGACGUUGCUGACCACGCCGGAGGGAGGAAAGCUGUACCUAGUAGGAACGGCGCAUUUCAGUGUUGAAAGUCAAAAUGACGUGUCAAAAAUUAUACAGGCUGUGCAGCCUCACAUAGUUGUGGUCGAACUAUGCAGAGCCAGAGUUGGUAUACUGCAGCUUGACGAGGAAGUUAUGUUUGGUUAUGCCAAGAGCAUCGAUUACCAAACUAUUAUGGAUAAGAUUAAGAAGGAGGGAAUAUACGAUGGUUUACUGCACAUUUUAUUGCUGAGAAUGGCAGCUCACGUUGCCAAGCAGCUUGGUAUGCCGCCCGGUGGGGAAUUCCGGAGGGCAUUCGAGGAGGCGAAGAAAGUGCCAAAUUGUAUCGUUCAUCUGGCCGAUCGACCAAUCAGCAUAACGAUGCAGCGUGCGAUACGAUCGUUAUCCUGGUGGCAGACUAUAAAGCUAGGUUGGCACCUGGCGUUAAUGAAAGAUCCCAUUACCCCGGAGGACGUCGAGCUCUGUAAGCAACGGGCGAUGCUCGACGAAAUGAUCGCCAGCAUGAAGGAGCAAUAUCCGGUGUUGGGAGAAGUAUUCGUGAAGGAGAGGGAUAUUUACUUGACGAAUUCUCUGCAGUUGGCCUGUCACUAUAAAAUGAGUUACACUUCGGAACCGACGCGUGUCGUGGGAAUCGUCGGUUUAGGACACACACCCGGCAUCGUCGAGCAUUGGGGUAAAGUCAAGCCGUCCGAUAUACCACCUAUAAUGAGAGUACCACCAACAUCGUUGUCGAGCAAAAUCAUGAAGCUCACCAUUAAGGCGUCUGUACUUGGCGUUGUAAUUUACGUAGGCUACAAAGUAGCCGCGGUACCCGUUGCUGUCACAUAUCAUUCUCUCAAGUCAUCGGUACAGGGACUUCUACAGGUUGGUAUCGCACGAUAGGGUUUGAUUCACUCAAGAAAGAU